GCUUUUGGUGCAAGAAGCGAGCGAGCGAGCGAGCAGAUUUGGUUUUCCCUAAGCACUCUAGCAAAAGCGCGAAGAAAAAACCGGAUCUUCCCGAGAAUGCCGAUUUCUAGGAUCGCCGUCGGGUCCCCGGCCGAGGUUGGCCAGGUCGAUGCUCUCAAGGCGGCUCUGGCCGAGUUCAUAUCGAUGCUCAUUUUCGUCUUCGCCGGCGAAGGCGCGGGCAUGGCCUUCAACAAGCUGACUGAUGACGGGUCGACGACGCCCGCCGGCCUCGUGCAAGCGUCGCUGGCCCACGCCUUUGCGCUGUUCGUGGCCGUUUCGGUGGGCGCGAACAUCUCCGGCGGCCACGUGAACCCGGCCGUCACCUUCGGGGCCUUCGUGGGCGGUCACAUAACCUUGGCCAGGAGCGUGCUCUACUGGAUAGCCCAAUGCGCCGGAUCGGUGGUCGCUUGCCUGCUCCUCAAGUUCGCCACCGGCGGAAUGACGACCUCGGCAUUCUCUCUGUCGUCCGACGUGACCGUGUGGAACGCGCUGGUGUUCGAGAUAGUGAUGACCUUCGGCCUGGUCUACACCGUGUACGCGACCGCCGUCGACCCGAAGAAGGGCAACAUCGGGAUCAUCGCCCCCAUCGCGAUCGGCUUCAUCGUCGGCGCCAACAUCCUGGCCGGCGGGGCCUUCGACGGCGCGUCCAUGAACCCGGCCGUCUCCUUCGGCCCCGCCGUCGUGAGCUGGUCGUGGAGCAGCCACUGGGUGUACUGGCUCGGCCCGUUCAUCGGGGCGGGCAUCGCCGCCGUCGUGUACGAGCUGUUCUUCAUCAACCAGACCCACGAGCAGCUCCCCACCACCGAGUUCUAGGGCCGUGAGCCGAUCGAUGUGGAAGUUGUGUUUCUGGUUUCAAAUUGGGUCGGGUCAGUCGUGAGUGUUGUUUCUCUUUGUAUCUGGCUGUUUUUGUCAAUUCUCGUCGCAAGUGAAUCAUUUUUUUUUUUU